AUGCCUUGCUUGGAUCUUCACGGGACAAUCGCUGCAAACAUCGAUUCAGGAAUCACGCUUCCAACGCUUCGUGGGAUCACCUCUGAUCGCGGAGGCCUUAGCAACGGACAUCCCUGUUUUCCGAUUACAUCACUUCCAGAAGACGUCAAGGCUGACAUAUUGGCGUGUGUACGGAUAUGUGACUAUCCGAGAGUCUCCCUCGUUUCAAAGAGCUUCCGGUCACUCGUUUCGUCGCUUGAGAUAUACGCAAGACGAUUUUCCUUGGGCUGCACUGAACAUUGUCUCUAUGUUGUCCUCUAUAACUGGGCCAACCGUGUGGACUGUUUGUAUACUCUCCACCGCAAUAGCAGCCACUUGGUCCUAAUCCCUGCAUGGCUUCCUGAAAUGCCACCUUAUGGAAGCUUCGUAGAUGUGGGUUCGAGGAUAUAUGCGUUUUCUAGUUUUAAAUCUUACAUCAUCGACUAUACAUCUCACACUGUGCAACAUCUCCCGAGGAUGCCUUUCCCCAUGUCUGCUCUACUCGCUGAUGUCAUCGGAGGGAGAAUCUACGUCUAUGGAUAUCACGUUACCGAUCAAAAGUCACAUGGGAUACUGGUGUUCAAUACAGAAACACAAACGUGGGAAGGUCCGAUGACAGUGCCAAGGAUGCAGAUACGUGAUGGUUGCUUGGUGGUGAUGGCUGGUAAGAUGUACAUGAGGAAUUUUCAGAAUAGCUUUGUUUACGACCCAAAGGAAAGCAAGUGGGAGACAGACGAGGUGCUUAACUCAAUGGAGUGGGAGAAGGCAUGUAUUGUUGAUGAUGUUUUGUACUUUUACGAUUAUUCGGACAUGGAAUUGAAUGCAUAUGAUCCAGAACACAAGUGUUGGCAAGUGGUGAAAGGUGUGGAAGAUUUGAUGGCUGAGAUGAGACGUGUUGUUUGUUUUUGGGCAAUGGCUAUGACUAAUUACGCUGGCAAACUGUUGGCCAACUCCUUUGCCUUUGAACAACCUUGUAAUCAAGAUUAUGGUAGUAAUUACUUGGAUUUACUUACUUGGGGGAACUAG